AUGGUUUUAUUGAUCAUUUUCCCUCGUAAAACAAUUGAGAAGUUGAAAACCUUGCUUGAACUAGAGAUUGCAAAAAUGUCCACUUUAGAUUCGAAUACUAAUUUCGUGAGUUCGCUUGCUCAAACCAUUUUGUUUACUUUUCCCUUUUUCAAUCUUGUAAGAGAUGACCUACCAAUAGAAGAGACACAAGUGAUAAGAGAGUACGAUUUGAUAUUGAAUUCUCCAAAUAAUUUCGAACAUCAUCCGCUUUUCUUCCAAUUUCACAGUGAACUAUUAGAUUCGGAUUCAAUAGGCAGAAGUACGUACUUUAAUAGACUUUUGCUAGAAGAGCGCCGCCUGCCAUUCACGAACAGUAUUGCAUUGCUUCCAAUGUUCUCAUUCAUUCCCUACUCUAUAAAACAUAACUUGUCCCGCCUCCCUUUUCUGUCGAAUGUGACUCAGUACCUUUCCAAAAUUUUCCGUUGUUGUGUAAUCAAACCAUUUGUUUUUUCAUUCUUGGUUGUUGCUGGAGUUUUGUCGUUCUACCUAUUCCUUGCGAUGUCAUGCUUUGGUGCCUGUAGGAGCGGAUUCAUCAAAUUUAUAUGUCUUCCAAUCACACUUUUCAAACUGAUCUUCUACAACCAGAAAGGGUAUAUACCAAUUCCAAGUAGUGAUCCUGAGAACCCUCCAGAUGGAAUUUCGAACGGGCACACACAUAACUUUAGUGGCUCAACUGAUGGAAAACAUCACGGACUGUCCCCAAAACACAUAUCUAGUAUUAACUAUGAUAUUGAAAAAGCAGAAAAUGAAAAGAUAAAGACUAACGAAAAAAAUGUGCAAAUUUAUCCUGCCAAUUCCAAAUUCAAAACUUGCUCUGACGAAAAACUAGAUAAAAGUCGAAGAAGGUCAUUGCAAAUCGGCGAAGAAAAAUCCGAAACUGAUGAAAAUGAAUUGAAAGGAGUAGAUCAAGAUAAUCAAUUGCCAAAUACUUCAAGAUUUUCACUGCAAAACGAAUUGGAUUCAUUAGAAAGAACUCUGCAAAAAAACAUAAAAGUUGAUGUUGGAGCCCAACUACUCGAAAAGUAUUCAAAUGAAUUGACGAAUUUUGUUGCAAAUAUCACGAUUCCGAAACAAAAAGAGGAUAUAUUUCGAGAAACAGAAGAACGAGAUAACCCUAGCAAAAAAAGUGACAGUGAGAAUGAAGACAAUGAUAAUGAUUUUAAUGAAAAACUGAAGCAACAACAACUAAAAAAUGAAGAAGAACUGAAAAAAAAGAGGCAAGAAAGAGAAGAGAGAAAGCGACAAGCACAAGAAGAACUAAAAAAUUUGAAAUCAGAAUCAAGAGCAAGACUUUCUGCUUUCAUGACAUGCAUUCGUUUAACAAUUCGAUUUGAGCAGAAAGAGGAAGAAUGGUCAGAUGUGCUCAAUAGUUUCAGAAAGCCUCUUAUCAAAGCUGUUCAGGCACAUCAUGAUCUUGUAAAUGAGUUUCAAAAAUCCAGAAAAGUAAAUUACGAGGAAUCAGAUCUACAGCUGGAAGCAAAAAUUUUUGGAGAAGUCCUUGAGAAUGCUCAAUACGCAAUGUACGAAGCAUACAAAAAGUUGGCUCAGAUUACUGAAACUCAUGAUGAUCGGAUAUUUUUGAAAAUAAUAAUGAAAUCGGUGAGCUUGGCUGGACAGAAGUGCGAUGAAAUCGGAAACAUGCUUCUUGAAGUCAAAAACAUACCAUUGGAUUCUAAACUUCAAGAAGACCUCACAAAAAUAUUAUCACAAUUGGAUCCACACUCCAUUCCAACAACAUCAAGUAUAAAAAGUACAUCAAAAACUGCAAGUACUGAAGAUUAUGAAAAUAUUAAAGCUGUGCCAUAUCCCGAUUGGUUUUCAAAUUUUGGUAUGAGCUAG